AAAAAAAACAUUUUUCAUAUUUAAUAAUGGUAAUAAAUUAUGGCAUAAAGUAAAAAGCAAACUUGAAAAAAAAACUCUUGUAGAAGGAAAUCCUUAUUUACAAGAAAAUCUUAUUUUAGAAUCCUUUUUGGUGUAUAUUUUAACAUGUCAAAUUCAAAAAAAGAAUCACAAGCAUAUGAAAUUGAGUCAUUGAGCUGUAAAGUUGAACGAAUCGAUCAAAGUUCUCCAGAAUUAUGGCCAGAACAAAUGCCUGGUGUUACUUCAUUCUCAGCAUUGCUUAAAGCUUCUCAAACUAAAAGUACUAUACUUGAUAUUGAUGGUAAGCAGGAUGAAUUAACUGAAGCUGAUUUAGAAAAAAUUGAUGAACUAAGUAGUUUAUCUGUUCCACAAAUCAUGGAGCGGUUUCUUGAACUAAAGAAUCAGGCUUAUCAACUUGGUAUUGAAGAAGCCAAAGAAAUGACUCGUGGUAAAUACUUGAAUAUUCUUGGAAAAUAAAUAUGCUGAAUAAACUUUAAAAGACUUAAAACUUAUUUUAUUUAUAAAAUUUUUUUAAUAAAUAAAACUAAUUGACAGAAA